AUGGCACACUGGACCCGUCUGGCCCUAGUCCCCUUGUUGGCGCAGGUCGCACUCGCAUCCCCCGUGCCGGAUGGCGACCACAGCUCUGUACACCUGGAUCAACGAGACUCAGACUCCAGGGACUAUGCAUCGCCCCCCUAUUAUCCCACGCCGCCGGGCGGGUGGCUGUCCGACUGGAGCGACGCGUAUGAAAAGGCCCAGAAAGUGGUCAGCAACAUGACCCUGGCAGAGAAGGUCAACAUGACCAGCGGCACGGGUUUCUUCAUGGGCCCCUGUGUCGGCCAAACCGGCAGCGCGCCUCGGUUCGGGAUCCCCAAUAUCUGUCUCCAGGAUUCGCCGCUGGGGAUACGGAACUCGGAUCAUAACACCGCGUUUCCUCCGGGAAUUACCGUGGGCGCCACAUUUAACAAGGAGCUCAUGUAUGCCCGUGGAGUGGGGCUAGGCGAAGAGGCUCGGGGAAAAGGUGUUAAUGUACUUCUGGGUCCGGCGGUGGGACCGAUCGGACGCAAGCCGCGUGGGGGACGCAGUUGGGAGACGUUUGGCGUGGAUCCUACGCUGCAGGCUAUUGGUGGUGCGCAGACCAUUAAGGGUAUGCAGAGCACCGGGGCAAUUGCGGCUCUGAAGCAUUUCAUUGGCAACGAGCAAGAAAUGUACCGCAUGAGCAGCGUUGUUUCCAAGGGGUAUUCCUCGAACAUCGAUGAUCGGACUUUGCAUGAGUUGUACCUCUGGCCGUUUGCCGAAGGCGUCCGAGCAGGUGUCGGCUCUUUGAUGACCGCCUAUAAUGAUGUGAACAGCUCUGCGUGCAGCCAAAACAGCAAGCUUCUGAAUGGGAUCCUCAAGGAUGAGCUCGGCUUCCAAGGAUUUGUCAUGACCGAUUGGCUGGGUCACUACAGUGGCGUGGGAUCCGCGCUAGCUGGCCUCGACAUGAGCAUGCCGGGUGACGGUGCCGUCCCUCUCUUCGGGGACAGCUACUGGGCAUCCGAGCUGUCGAAGUCUGUUCUAAAUGGCAGUGUACCGGUCACUCGAAUCCUUGCGACAUGGUACAAGUUGGGCCAGGACAAAGACUACCCCCUCCCGAAUUUCUCUACUAACACUCAAGACCGGACUGGUUCCCUGUACCCUGGCGCUCUUGUCUCUCCUUCAGGGGUCGUCAACCAAUAUGUUGAUGUACAGGGCAACCACAAUGUCACAGUACGAGCUGUGGCCCGCGAGGCCAUCACGUUGCUGAAGAACGAGAAGAAUCUUCUCCCGCUGCGACGAAACGACUCCUUAAAGAUAUUUGGCCAAGACGCUGGUGGCAACCCAGACGGCCUCAACAAAUGCAGCGACCAAGGAUGCGACAAGGGUGUUCUGACGAUGGGAUGGGGCAGUGGCACCGCAAGGCUACCGUAUCUCAUUACACCGCAGAAGGCCAUUGCCAACGUCUCCAAGAAUGCCCAGUUCUAUAUCACCGACUCGUUUCCGUCGGACGUCACGGCAAACGCCAACGACAUCGCUGUUGUGUUCAUCAAUGCGGACUCCGGCGAAAACUACAUCACUGUGGAAGACAACCCUGGCGACCGCACUAAAGCUGGCCUAUAUGCCUGGCAUGACGGCGACAAACUCGUCAAGGCGGCCGCCGAGAAAUUCUCCAAUGUCGUGGUCGUCGUGCACACAGUCGGCCCUAUUAUUAUGGAUGAAUGGAUCGACCUGAAAUCCGUCAAAGCGGUUGUCGUCGCGUAUCUGCCGGGUCAGGAAGCGGGCAACUCGCUCGUCGAUGUAUUAUUUGGCGCCUACAGUCCGAGCGGUCACUUACCCUACACGAUCCCACGCAGCGAAUCCGACUAUCCGGACAGCGUGAGCUUGAUCAAACAGCCUUUCGGGCAAAUUCAAGACACUUAUACCGAGGGACUCUAUGUGGACUAUCGACACUUCCUCAAGGCCAAUGUAACGCCUCGAUACCACUUCGGCCAUGGGCUCUCGUACACCACAUUCAACUUCUCUAAACCAACAUUGUCCAAGGUCACCCCCUUGGACAGCGCCUACCCUUCAGCACGACCGUCCAAGGGCGCAACACCGACAUACAGUACCAAGAUCCCAGAUGCCUCCGAAGUCUCGUGGUCGUCCACUCAUUUUACCCGCAUCUGGCGCUAUCUCUACCCAUACCUGGACCACCCAGAGUCCAUCUCCGCUAAAGACAAGUACCCUUACCCGGAUGGCUAUACCACCACACCCCAGCCUGCCCCCCGCGCCGGUGGUGGCCAAGGAGGUAAUCCCGCACUGUUCGAUGUCGCCUUCUCCGUGAAGGUGCAGGUUCAAAAUACAGGCAAACGCCGUGGCCGAGCUGUUGCGCAGCUUUACGUUGAAUUGCCCAAGGACUUGGGACUCGAUACACCUUCGCUGCAGCUGCGCCAGUUCGAGAAGACGAAAGAGCUGGCUCCCGGACAGAGUGAGACUCUCACCCUGGAUAUCUCUCGCAAGGAUGUCAGUGUGUGGGAUACCAAGGUGCAGGACUGGAAAGCUCCUGUGCACGGCAAGGGUAUCAAGGUCUGGGUGGGUCACAGCGUCGGGGAUCUUUCUGUCGUUUGUGAGGUUGGUGGUCGUUGCUCGACGCAGUAA